AUGGGAAAGGGAGCCGCGAAGGAUGGGGGAAGCUCAUCCAUUAGUGUGUGGAAAAAGGAACUUGGGCCUACGCUGGAAGAUGUGUUUCUAAGAACGAGCUUACAGCGCGCACAGAAUGGGGAAACAAACAAACCAAUGAGUCCCCACCCCAAUGGGGUGAUCAACCGUGGAACCUCCCCCGAUGGUAGUAUGACCCCCGUGGAGGGAGGAGAAAAAAGGCUAAGCCGGAAAUUUACCAAUUUCGCAUGCAGAGAAGAAUUCAUAUUCGACGCAAACAUAACGUGCUUUCCAAACUACAUGCACAAGGCCUCCCUAAACAUAAAAAAAAAAAUAGACAUAUGUGAUAUCAUUAUUGAAGUGAGGGAUGCUCGGUUGCCCUUUACCAGCACGAACGAUUUCAUCAUGGAUAGCAUAGAAAAAAAAAACAAAGACAAACAACGAAUCAUUAUCUUAAACAAGGCGGAUUUAAUCCCCAAAAAAGUAGCCCUAAGUGCAAAAAGUAUAAUUGAAGAGAAGACAAAACAUAUGUGCCUAUUGACAUCAGCGAAAUUUAAUAAAAGCAUUUCAAAAAUUAGGGAUUUGUGUAGAGAAAUGAAACCCCAAUUUAGGAGCCUAGGAUUAUUUACCUUGCUAGUGGGAUUACCCAACGUUGGCAAGUCGAGCAUCAUCAACUCUUUCAAAGAUGUAACGCAUAACCUAGCCAAGUAUGGACACAAAAACAACAAAAUAGCCUUUGAAGUUAAUAGAAAGAGAGCCAAGACGAACGUCAUUGCGGGAACUACUCAGAUGGUCGACACGUAUAAAGUUUCAAACAACCCUCUGCUCUACUUCAUUGAUACACCGGGGAUUUAUUUACCAAAAAUGGAAGACAAAGAAAUUAGCCUAAAGUUAUGUGCCAUAGGAAAUGCACUUGAGUACAAGUACGACCACAUGUAUGUAGGAGAUUAUAUUCUGUACACUCUAAAUAAGAGGAUGAAUUUUAACUAUGUUAAGGUUAUUGGUUUGGAAGAACCAACCAAUGACAUUCGCUUUGUGUGCAAUGUUAUAGCGACGAAGUUGAACCUGUGUAGGAAUUAUAAGUAUCUGGACAUGAAUGGUGGUUGUCGUUAUUUUAUUGAUAUGUUUCGAUUGGGGUUGUUUGGGCGCAUUUGCUUGGACAAUGUGCCUCGCUCCACCGAAGACUUUGUCACCUACUUUGACUUCAACUCCGCAGAACCCCCUGCGGUCGACGCCUGCGCAGGUCCCUCUCCAUUCCGAGGGUUGCUCUAG